UGUAGGAAGAUUUUGGUUUCCAGCUAGAAGAAAAAAUUCUUUCCUUUUUUUUUUUGUAAUUGUGUACUUUUGUGGUUUUUUUCAACGCACCAAGAAGUGUGUUCGCCAAGUUGCGAUGAAAGCGUGAAAAAGAAAUACUUUAACCUGAUAUGCUUUUUUUUUUAAAAGCUGACAAAUGAAAGAAUUCGAAUUGUAAAGUGUCAAGUCGUACAAAAAAAAAUUUCGAAUAUGACCAUAUAACAAAAAAUCGUAAUUAAUCAACAUUUUUAUCCUUCUACUUGUUUUUUUACCACAACGAAACGUGAGAAAAAUUUUUAAAAAAAUUGUCGAUACCUUAUCGACGGUAGAACUGAAGUAAAAAAAAAAAAAACAUGAUGACAGAGACAAGCGAAGAAAAGACCCAGGUUGAAGAUAGCGUAAUAUCAAGUGAAAAUAAAGAGUGCGAGACAAUUGAAAAAGAGAAUUGUACUAACAAUGAGAAUAAGGAAGAAGAAGAAAUAAACAAGGACUUAUACUCUUUUAAGGACAAGAUUUUAAAUGUUGAAAAACAGGAAGAGCCAAGCGACGUGAAAGAAACAGUAAAUAAUUUGACUAUAACGAAGGAUAUUGCAAACGAGAAGGAAAAAAAUACUUCUAGUCAAAAUAUUAAAAAUGACACAUGUUUGGAAACUAAAAUAACAAACACAAACCGUGUUUCACGCUUAAAAGUUUCUGGCAUUCUUGAAAUAGUUCAUUUAGAUGAAAAUGAAUUAAUGGAAAAUGUCUUUGAAGCAACAGUCCUUCCAGCAGAUAUGAAACUUAUAAAAAACGCAGGGCGCAAACGUUUAGACACCUAUGUUGGCACUCGGGCGUCAAGUCUUCUACCUUUACAGAUGAGUGGAACGGAACUCUCAUUGAUAAAAACAAGCAAAACAAUGAGUUCCCUGACGCGUAUGCAGCCAAGUAACCCAAGAACUUCAGUGAAAACAAGUGAAUUUGGUAAGGAGACUUAUAAAACAUAUUCGAAAAAAAAGCCACAUGUGUCUUCAUUUAAAAUGACAACUUUUGAAAAAAUCGAAUUCGACAAUGCCAGAAAACUGUUGAACGACAAGUUAAAAAAGCAGACGAAUUUAUCAAAGGGAAUAACAAUCAGUAGUGAUACUACGAAACCUCCUAGUGUACCAAAUGUUAAAGGGAAUGCAGUCCCUGUUAAGAAAAAGAGUGGGAUUCCAGAUACAUUGAAAACAAAAGAAACCUUAUUUAAUAAAAAAAAUGGACAAGAAAAAAUACAAUCAAUGAAAACUGCGAACUUUAAUCGUCAAGUUUCACUAGAGUUUCAUAGAUGGCCGUCGGGAGAAGCUCGAAAAAAUUUUUUUACAGAAGGUAUUUUCAAACAACAAACUACAAUGGAAACAGUUUCAUCCAAAAAAUCAAAUCCAUCGCUAGCGAAAUCUGAAAUGAAUACUUUAUUACAUAGUGGAUCAUCGUCUCUUCGUGUGCAAAGUCACAAAUCUUUUAAAAAAAUUCUUCAUAAAAACCCAUUUUAUCUUCAAUCUUUACUUAAGACAAAAAAAGUUGUUCAAAACAAGGAUUCACCGCAGCCUCUAUUAAGUCACAAAUCUUUGCUUGCUUCUAGUAUAGAGAAUAGAAGAAUGCAACAGAUUCCUCCAUUUGAGGGUAUUCAUAGAAAUGCUUCUUCUCAUAAAAAAAAAAAGCUUGUUACAGAUAGAAGGUAUUCAUUGGGUCGAUACACUUCAUCACACCGCCAUCUUUUAAUAUCUGAAAAACACUCGGAAAGUUCAAACAAAACCCAGCUAAGCGACACUCAUUUACUUUUAAAGGAUUCUUAUUUAAAAAAGAACGCAAAUGGAGGAGUCGAGUUGCUUAUAAAAAAAAAACACGCUAUUCAAAUGCCUAAGCUUAAUGUAAAAAAAUUAGAAUUUUCAUCACCUGCCUCUGCACCAUCAAGCUUGACUCGAAAACAUUUCGGUCUAUCAAAUGCGUCUCCAUCACAAUCAAUGCCAAGAGAAGAUAAACAUCGAUACCGACUUGGAUUAAAAAAGAAAAAAAGUUCUAAACAAAAAAACGUCGUGACGAGCAUUGGUCCAUCAGGAAAAUUGUCUAUGACUUCGAAAGCAAAUGUUUUAAUGAAAACCGAAAUGGGUGCAAAUUUGAUAAAUCGCAGGUUACCUAACGUGCACCUUUCACCGGGUGAAAAAAGUCUACAGUCAUUAAACCAAGCUUUCUUGAACCUUUCUACAAAGACACGCGGUAAUGAAAAGACUUUCUCUUUACCAGAAACAGUACAUUCCAAGGCGCUGGGCUCUUUUAUUCAAAGGGAACACCCGUGCUUAACAAUUUUGCACCAAGAAGGGGAUGUCUUAAACAGCUAUGUUCAUGUAGCUCAUAAGGAUUCAUUAGGCGACGAAAAUGAUAGUGUGCUAGGAAGUAAAGUCAAUCAAUUCCAAGCAAAAGACUCAUCACUGUCGGAAAAAAAUGUUUGUACGAAUUGUUCUUCAACAAUUCCACAAAAGAGUCAUUCUAAACAAGUCAGUUUCCACACCAAUCAAGAUGACCUAACAGAGGAGAGUCCAAGUAUACGUUCAAAAAGAAAAAGACAUCCACACGCAUGCCGUUACUCUGAUACGAUGCAUCAGCAAAGUCCUUCAGCACUUCAACACACAAACACUUUCCUUCCACCCCUCACAUCACCCGAAUUCAAAAUAAAUAUACAACCUCAUCAACCUAGAGAUGCAGCUUCACCUUCCACUCACGUUUCCCACAAAGAUACGCCCAGUUUCACAAUGCCUCAAUUCCUGUACAAAAACCAACUCAACUGGUCUCGCGCACCACAUGUCGAAAAAGCUGAAGCACACACAUUGGAUUUAAAUAGUUUUAAAGAAAAGAAAAAGGACAGACCUAUUGAUUUAAAUUUGAGCGAUUUCACCGAAUCCCGAGCAUCAGGAACACCGAUUUCAAGUGUGAAUGUAUGCCAGCGAUGUUGUUUUCAUCCGUUCAAGCCUUGUUAAUCCUUUUUUUACCAAAGGAAAAUGAUGAAAUUAAAAAUUCAGUUUCCUAUAGAUUUAAAACAAUACAUGUCAGUAAUACUUAUUUCUUGUAAGUUGAGGUGGAACCAAUAGAAAAAGAAGAGAACUCAUGUAACACAUUUAUUUAUAUAAAGCGUCAUCAUUUUUUUUUCUAUUAUAUCACUGUAGAAGAAAAAAAAGAACAACAUGACAUAUCUUCACUUUUGCUUUCGUCGUCCAUAUUUCAAAUGUCAAAAUUUCGUACAAAAUCCACCAAAAACAUUUUCAAUGAAAAAGAAAUUUUGAACUUUAUCGUGUUACUAUUAAAACUUCUUGACUCUAGUAAUAAACAAGAAUACAACAUUCAAUGAAUGUAAUUUCGGCAUACUAUUUUGGAAUGUCGCUCGUUGGUAGAAAAUUAUACAAAGAACCACAG